AUGAGAAAGAACGUUUAUUUAGAUAACACAAUUGAAUUUCUAAGAGGUAGAGUCUAUUUAGGCGCAUAUGACUACACUCCAGAUGAUACUGACGAUAUGGUGUUUUUCACUGUAGAUGGUACCAUAUUUUACAACAGUUUUCAUCUAGAUUUUGGUCCAAUGAAUAUUGGUCAUUUGUAUAGGUUUGCAGUUAUUUUUCAUGAAAUUUUAAAUGAUGUAGAAAAUGCUAAAAAAUCAGUAAUUUUCUAUUCAUCGACGUCUACAAGAGCAAGAGCCAAUGCUGCCUGCAUGUUAUGCUGUUACAUGAUUCUUGUUCAAGGCUGGACUCCUCAUCAAGUUUUACAACCAUUAGCACAAGUAGACCCUCCAUUUAUGCCGUUCAGAGAUGCAGGUUACUCUAAUGCCGAUUUUGAAAUUACAAUUCAAGAUGUAAUUUAUGGUGUAUGGAGAGCUAAAGAAAAAAGUUUAAUAGAUUUACAGGCAUUUAAUUUAGAAACUUAUGAAAAAUAUGAAAGAGUAGAGAAUGGUGAUUUUAAUGUUUUAACCCCAGAUUUCAUUGCUUUCGCAUCACCACAGGAAUCAAAUAGAAUUGGUGCUAUACAAUCAUCAUCUCCAAACAAAUCUCAUUUAAAUCAACCUUUCAGAAGUGUUUUGAAAUUCUUCAAGUCAAGCAAUGUCCAACUAGUGGUGAGAUUAAAUUCGCACUUAUACAAUAAGCAACAUUUUGAAGAUAUUGGUAUUCAGCAUUUAGAUAUGAUAUUUGAAGACGGUACGUGUCCAGAUUUAUCAAUUGUUAAAAAUUUUGUUGGUGCAGCAGAAACAAUUAUUAAUAAAGGUGGAAAAAUUGCGGUACAUUGUAAAGCAGGCUUAGGUAGAACCGGUUGUCUAAUCGGCGCCCAUUUAAUAUACACAUAUGGUUUCACUGCAAAUGAAUGUAUAGGCUUUUUAAGAUUUAUUAGACCAGGUAUGGUCGUUGGACCCCAACAACAUUGGCUGUAUUUGAAUCAAAACACAUUCAGAGAAUGGAAAUACACGAUGAGACUAUCAUUAGAGCCAAAGGAAGUCAUUGGUGGUCUGUAUCCCUUAAUUGGCAUGGAAGAGUACAGAUUACAAAAGAAGAAAGUAAAAGAAAGUAAAAAGAAUACCCAUGUAAAAGCUUUCGAAAAUGAUGAUAGUGAGAUGAGAGAUUUAGUUAUGACUCCGCCAAGUGCGAAAGAUAAGAAGGUAGGAAAAGAAGAGUAUUCCAAUCCAAGUUUCCAAAUAGCUGCAGUGCCACAGAAUUCUCCUGGACAACCUAGAAAGGGUCAAAAUGGUACGAAUACUAUCGAAGAUAUUAAUAAACAAAAUGCAAUCCAAAAUAAUUCAGAAAAGGGAACUAGAACUCCAGGAAUGGGUGAUGAUACUAAUAAUUCGGAUGAAGACAUGGACAGGAGUGCAGAAGAUGUGUUGAAACAGCUUCUACCAAAAAAUAGACGUAUUGCAUCAGGUAAAAGAACACCAAGUGCAGGUGUUAGAAAAGUGAGUGGAACAACCAAAAAAUAA